UCUCUUCAGCCAAUAUCUGCCUUUGACCUGAACCUGAAACCCGGAUCAUUCGUAAGAAUAAUGGGAGACAUAUUACCUGAUGCCAAGCACUUUACAAUAGAUAUCGGCGAGGAUGAUAAUAACUUUGCACUGCACUUCAACGCACGCUUCAACUACCUUGGUAGUCAUAAAGUCAUCAUCCUCAACACCAAGCGUGGUGAAUAUUUUGGGAGGGAAAAAAAGAUGAAGCACUUCCCCUUUGUGCAGGGCACCAGAACAGAGAUUUUCAUAGCAUAUGACGAGAAAUUCUUUGUGAUAAAGCUACCUGAUGGCUUUGUGUACAGUUUCCUGAAUCGCACUAACACAAACAAAAUUAACUACGUGGGAGCUCAUGGUGACUUUGCAGUCAGAUCAUUGGCCUUCGAAUGACCCUCCAAAUCAAGCCAGCUU